AUGGCGAGCGCCUUGCUGGCCCGUCGCGCCACGCUUGCCUCGUCGUACCCUCGCUGGCGAAAAUGCAACAUUCGGGUUGCGAAGGUUGCCACGAACUGCAUGCUGGCCGUUGUGGCCUUGCAUCGUCGCCACCGGCAGCGCCAGCCUCGCGACUGUUCGCGUGUGCAGCGGCGGUCGCUGUGGGGGGGAGAGGGAGGAGGGGACGGGAGUGGCCGCGGAACUCUGCGGGGGGGAGAGGGAAAUGGGGACGGGAGUGGCGGCGGAACACCUCCAUUGACCACCAGCGCACCUGCAGUCCUUGCCGCUGUCCCCGUCGCCUCCCCUUUCCCCGUCGUGGCCCCUUCACGUCACCCCCUAUCGCGGCUAUUCUCGUGUGCAGCUACAGUGGCAGGGGGGGAUGAGAGGGACGGGGGAAGGGCUUGGCGGGACCGUCAGCAGCACCACCGCCAGCAGAGAGACCCCGCCAGCAACACCACCGCCAGCAGCACCACCACCAGCAGAGAGACCCCGCCAGCAGCACCACCGCUGGCAGAGAGACCCCGCCAACAGCUACACCGCCAGCAGAGAGACCCUGCUGGCAGCAACACUGCCGGCAGACACCCCGCCAGCAGCACCACCGCCAGCAGAGAGACCCCGCCAGCAACACCACUGCCAGUAGAGAGACCCCGCCAGCAGCUACACCGCCAGCAGAAAGACCCCGCCGGCAGAGACCCCGCCAGCAGCGACACCGCCGGCAGAGACCCCGCCAGCAGCGCCACCGCCAGCAGAGACCCCCGCAAGUGUCGCCGGGUGUGGAGGAAGAAAGGGGGGAAGGGGUUGCGGUCCCAGGGGGCGGCUGUUAUGGGGGGUGAAGUUAAGGGGGGGUGGUUGAGUGGGUGUGGGGAUUUGGGGGUUAUUAAGAGGGGUUUCGCCGCGCUUGGCUCCCCACGACCUCCACUCCUCGUCACUCUCUCACCUCCCUCCUUUGUAAAAGGGGGUUACUACGAGGGUUUCGCCAUGGGUGGCUCCCCCUCAACUCCUCGCCUCAUCCCUCUCUCACCUCCUAGUUCGUACUUCUCUCCUUUCCUCUCCUCUCUCUCUCUCUCGCCUCCUCCUCCUCACUUCCUCUAA